AUGUCGUAUGUUAGAAUAACAAACUUCAGCUCAUUUAGAAAUUUAAAACAGAAUCUUACUCAUUAUGGUGACAUAUUCCAUAAACUUUACCCUCAAAUCAACCCUAAAUACACAAAUUAUUAUACAAAACCACCUUUAAAUACACUAAACUAUUUUAAAACGAGAAUUGUGUCGAAUGGAUUUCAACAGAAUAAAGAGAACCCGAAUUAUAAAAAACAUAAAAGGAAUUUUAGAUAUUUAGCGUUCAUUAGCACAGCAAGCUGUGCUUUAUAUAAGAAUAAAGAUGAUAAUAAACCAUCAGAUAAUUUAGAUACUAAUGAAGAAGAUUCUAAUAAAGAAACUAAUGAAAGAGAACCAUUAUUAUUAUCUGUAGAACAAAAGGAUUCAGAUUCUACAAAUUUCGACCCUUUUGAAGAUGAAGAUGUGGUAUACUUUUCGAAAGAUUAUACCUACGAGUCACCGUCAAAAGAUAAUAAAUAUUAUGUACACAUUGAGAAGUUUAGAUAUCCAAAUCCCAAAGGAACUAAAAUCCCAAAGUCUUUUGAACCAGAUAUUGAGUCGUUCUUUGUGAACCCAUUUCCCGGCUAUUUCAAAAGAGUAAAGGAUCAAAUCGACACUAUAUUCGACAGUUUUUUUGAUAAUUCAAGUGCAAACUUUCCGAAUUUAUCAUCAUUUAAUCCGAAUAGGAAUGUUAAUAGUAAUGGAAAUGGAGUACAUAUGGACCCAUUUUGGGUAGUGUUGAGUAACACAUCACCAACUACUUUUAGUAAAGCAUUUAUGAUAGUUUGUGGAGUAGUUUUUGGGCUUUGGAAAUUAUCAGAAAAUACAGUCAAUACUAAAUUUUCAGAUUUCAUGAACAAACACUUUUUAACAUCAUAUGAAGCAUUUAAGUCUAAAAGAUAUCAUACAUUAUUAACUUCAGCUAUAAGUCAUUCAUCUCUGAUGCAUUUUGGAUUCAAUUGUAUGUUAUUUCAUCAACUGAUGAAGACUUUCAAUAAUCAUAUGGCACUUUAUAGUACACAGCAUGUAAACAACAGUUUACAAACAUUUGUAAGAAGUAUAUUCUCAUCAAAUUCUUCAAUCAAUGUUGGAAAUGUAGUGAAGAAGCAAGGUAGAAUAACAACAAAUGACAUUUUCAAUGUAAUGUUUUUAUCAUCGUUGACAUCAAGUUUGGGUCAUGUGUAUUUAUAUAAAACUCCAGUUCUAGGAGCAUCGGGAGCUAUUUCAGGACUCGUGUACCUCUUGGCAUCCACGUUUCCAAACAGCUUUUUCAGGACUGUAUUUCCACUUCCAGGCCUCAAUUUAAGCAUUUUACAAAUCGGCCAAUUAUUUGUGGCUACCAAUAUAUACUUCCUAAUGAAUGGAAGAAGCCCAAACAUCGCAUGGGCCGCACAUCUCAUCGGAAUGGGUACGGGAGCACUUUACUGUUUAUUCCAGCAAUAUGUAAAUAAAAGGCCUGGCUUCUAUAACCCAAUCUCACUUUCAUUUAAAACAGCUAAAAGCCAGUGGCUGAGAACAUUCCAAGGUAUCAACUAA